CGUGUUAAGGCUGCACACAGGUGCGUGUCCUGGUGGGAGCCCCAAAGGCAGCUCGUUGGUUUCCGGUUCCGGGAGUAACCAACCGCCGCAGAGUCGGCAACUAGUGCCUUGGAGUAGGCUGCCGUGGAGGAGGAAGAAGACUGGAUCGGGCGGGACGCGCGGGGCGGGAUCCUCCCCAUGGGUCCACGGGCCUAGCGCAGUGGACGCCCAGGGCCUCGUGUCCAGCUGGCUUCUCUUCUUUCCUGAAGCAUCUAUGGCUGAGGACUGGCAGGACUGCCCAGCCCUGGGCCCUGGCUGGAAGCGUCGUGAAUCCUUUCGAAAGUCAGGGGCCUCUUGUGGACGCUCAGACAUCUAUUAUCAGAGUCCCACAGGCGACAAGAUUCGAAGCAAGGUUGAACUGACUCGAUACCUAGGCCCUGCAUGUGAUCUGACCCUCUUUGACUUCAGACAAGGAAUCUUGUGCUACCCGGCUCCCAAGACCCAUCCCUUGCCUGACCCCAGCAAGAAGCAAAAGAAGCCUUCUAAACCAGCCAAUGUUAAGAAGCAUCAGGGUGGGCUGCAGAAGAGUGAUGUCAGGAAGGCGACCCCGCGGGCUGAGAAUAGUGCUGGCACUGACACAGCUCCAGCUUCAUUACUUGUACCUGGCCGCUGUGAGAAUUGUGGAAUCCGCGUCCCAAGGAAUGGUAUCAGAAAGCAGAGGCUCAAGACAUUAUGCGAAGACUGCCGAGCACAGAGAAUUGCCUUCAACCGAGAACAGAGAAUGUUUAAGAGAGUUGGCUGUGGAGAGUGUACAGCUUGCCUGGUGAAAGAAGACUGUGGGGCUUGCUCCAUCUGCCGCCUGCAGCUGCCCCGUGAUGUGGCCUCAGGGCUCUACUGCAAGUGUGAGCAGAGGCGCUGCCUCCGGAUUGUGGAGAAGAGCCGAGGGUGCGGAGUAUGUCGGGGUUGUCAGAACCAAGAAGACUGUGGCUGUUGCCGAUUCUGCCUUCGCCCUCCCCGCCCUGGUCGCAAGCGCCAGUGGAGGUGUCUGCAGCGGCGCUGCUUGUGGCACUUUGCUCAUCGCUUCCGUGGCCACCCUCAAGGAUGUCACCAGUGCCCUCCCCAGGUUGUGGUUCCCCCUAUUGGUAAACGUGACCGUGACCGUCGUAAGAGUAGCUCGAAGGUGGCUGCCCAACGUCACUCCCAAGCUCAACCAGUGCCUCCACUUCCUGCACUGCAGCACCCAGAGCCCACAGAGCUGCACAUCAGCGACCUAGUGCCCACAUCACCUGCUGAGUUCAUCUAUUACUGUGUAGACGAGGACGAGCUACAGCCCUACACGAACCACCGGCAGAACCGCAAGUGCGGGGCCUGUGCAGCCUGCCUACGGCGGAUGGACUGUGGCCACUGCGACUUCUGCUGCGACAAGCCCAAAUUCGGGGGCAGCAACCAGAAGCGCCAGAAGUGUCGUUGGCGCCAGUGCCUGCAAUUUGCCAUGAAGCGACUGCUGCCCAGUACUGGGUCAGGGUCUGAGGAGGGAGCAGGAUCGCCUCCUUGUCACCCUUGUCGAAAGAGGCCUGGUUCUCCUCGACAGCUCCAUCCAAGCUCCUCUUCAAAGGCCCCUUUGGCUGUGCACACAACCCCACCAUGCCCUGCCCAGGCUUCAGCGAAGCAGCAAAUAGGUAGUGGCUUUGUGCCGACCCCACCUGACACAGACCUUGUGUUUUUACGAGAGGGUGCCAGCAGUCCUCUGCAGGUGCCUGGUCCUGCUGCAGCUUCCUCAGAAGCCCCAUUACAGGAGGCCCAGUGCUCUGCCCAGAGUUGGCUUGUGACCUUACCACAGGUGAAGCAAGAGAAGGUGGACGCCCCAGAGGAGUGGACAGCAGGCACAGCCUUCCCGACUUCUCCCACGUUGCAGUCUGGCUGCCCUGGCAAGGCAGUAGACCCAGACCUUCCACCUGUGAAACAAGAGUCCCCUGGCCCAGAGGAGGAUAGAGAAGAAAACAGAGAAGAUUAUGUUUCUGCAUCAGCCCCAGAGGAGGAGGAGGCAGGAGGGAUUGGCACACCAGUGAUCACGGAGAUUUUCAGCCUGGGUGGAACCCGCCUCCGGGACAUAGCAGCUUGGUGGCCAAGGUGUGCCCCAUACAGUUAGGUGUGGGGAAUGGGGUCCAAGGACCUUAAAAAACCUGAAGCUAAAAUGCAGUAGACUGGAGACUUCUGCUGACUGUAGGACUGAAGGUGAUAUUUGCACACCGGCUUUAUGAGAAACAACCCUGAUCUACCAGGGGCUGGGCCCUGGCCUGGUCGCAGAGCUUGUUUGUGAAUCAGCUCUAAGAGAAAGACCUGCAAGCACAAUCGAGGAACAGGCCUGCCCAGGCCUGGAAACUUAGAGGAAAGAAGCUGGAGAGAAGAGGAAGAAUAGAAGGCUGGGAGAACGUCUGCUCCUCCAAGGAUCUCAGUGUGAUGAGAAGGUGGAUGUAGGGGAGGGGAGGAUAUGAUCGAAGCCACUACCAACAACUGAAGCCAUCUUCAUUACUGUUGGUGGCUUCCGGAUGAGACUUGGCAGUGUGUCUGCACAUUUUCUCAGGGAAACAGCAGUUGAAAUGCUACAGAAUAAAGGAGGAAAAGGCAUUGUUUGGUGAGCUCCUCCCGUGGAGCCACUUACUGCACCCUCACAGUAGUCCUUAGGAAGACAGUGAGUGAUAUUGAGCACUUCUACAGGUAGGUAAACAGACUCAGAAGAGACAAACGUAUUAGUGUCAAACAGCUAGUGUUGGUAGAGUCUAGAAAUCCACCGGGCUAUACAAGCUCUGUUCUUUAAUCCACUAAACUGUUAACUGCAGUCUUUGUGCAAUAAUGUAUAUUACAAUAACAGUUUUAGUGACUUUGAAAGUAGUGGUAGAUUACUACGAAGAGUAUAAAAUAUCCUUUACACCUUUGCCUAUGCCUAGGCUGUGGGUGGAUGGGGUCACCUUCUCGUCAGAGCAUUGGUUCAUGUAGAAUCUAGGUUCCCUGAAGGCCCCAUAUGCUGCAUAGGAUCCCUCAGCCCCAAAAGUGUGUUCUUCCUCACUGCUGGCUGACAAUUUGCUUGAGCCCAGAGAGUCUCACUUUAGCCAGAGCAGUGCUUGGAACUAAAGCUGUCAGCCUGGGCCGUCUUUUCCAGGCAGUAUCUUCUCUCUGAUGACCUUUGUGCAUGUUUCCUGCCCUCAGCCCAAAUGUUUGUUAGGAGGCUGAAUGAGCUUAUGCACUGAGUCCCGCCCAAGGGCUGGUCUUGGCUCAGCCUUACCUCACUUUCCAUCCUUAAAAUGCCAAAAAGAUACAGAACUGGUUACUUAGCCAGGUUUACGGGGCCAGGACUGAGUGCCUCGACAUACUUUGUGUCCUGUGUGCCCCCCUUGCUUUAGCCUAGUCCCAAGCCCUGCUGCUUUAGGUAAUUCAGAUGUGGAUUACUCAUUUCUUAUUUCUAACUCACAAGGCACAGCUCUCUGCUACCUUCUACUCUUCCUUUGCCUUGCUUUGCCUAAUUCUAUCCUGGAGUCAUACUGCUUUUACCCCCUAGAGCAUACCACUUGUCCCUAGUAUUCUGAUCAUUCUGACAGUGAUGUUCUAAGGGUAACAUCUUGGUUGGCAUUUGACUUGUGAACAAAGAUUCUGAUUACUAUGUGUAUUGACUAGGGUACAGUCAAAAGGUCAGAACCACUGCAACAAAGACUAAUGUAUGUGUUUUAGGGGAGUUUUGGGAGACAUUUUACAUUGUUUAAUUUUGGGAGAUAGUUUAGUAGCCUCUAAGACUGUCAGUUGUAUGUAAUACUUGAGCUCAAAAUAUUCAGGACAGGCAGUGAGGAAGGGAAGGUGGAUGGACCCAUGGGAGCCCAUGAACAAGAGUUGGAAUUCAAGAUGGCCUGAAAUCCAUGUUAGUGUCUCACCAUCUCCCGCUUCGAUGAUGUUUGUGUCCUGAAGAAGAAGCUAGUAGAAGUAGCAUCUGGCCUAGGACUAGAUAAGCUGAAGGAAGAUCCCAGGGAAGUUGUAGCAGCUGGAAGCCUGGCUGUAGGAUUUGCUGUUUCCCCAUACCAAGGUGAGACAGCAGAUUAAUGACUGCUUGUAUGAACUGCAGUAUGCCUGGUAUUCGUGCACCAACUUCUCAACAGCCUGCUGCUGUUUCACUUCUGCUAAUCACAAUGUUUCUGUGAAUUUUCUUAACUAGAUGUCUAUGGGGAAGGAUUCUGGGAAGCAUAGUCUAGUUCAGGUGACAUAUUAGAAAGCCACCCGCCAUGACUCAGCUCCCAAAGGUCUCACCACUUACCCAAGGAUAAGCUGAAAAUGUAAAGCUGAAGACCACAGAUUUCAUGAUGGUCCCAGCAAAGAAAGAAACCCUGUCAAGCUCCUCCAUAACAAUCUUGCUGGUCUCAGAGCUGUAUUUUUGUCAUUCAUCCAAGUAUGGAAAACUUGGCCCAUAGUUAUCACUGUACAUGAUACUGAGAUCCAAAAAUGCAAUUUUAUAAAAUGCAUCAAUAUAUAUUACAAAUGAUAAAAAGAUCUCCAGUUUUUUAUGGACUUUGAUGCUCAGAAUAUAAAAUCUAAUAUACUAUGGAGAAGCCAGUCCUUUUUCAAGAUGCGUGAGAAGUUGGAAACAAUUAUUUCUAUUUCUAAACUGUUCUAUUUUAAAAUUAUUUUAAAACAAUUUUCUUGUUCUAUUUAUUGGUUUUUAUGUUAGUGAUUCUUUGAGGAUUGUUUGGUGGUGGGAACAGUGUGGACCGCUGUGGAAGAAUUGGGAUAGUGGGUGGCAAGAUGAAGAUCAGCUCUGUCAUUUCCCUAGGCUUCAUUCAGAUCAGGGUGCUGCAGGCUGAGGCACUGUGCUGCUCCUGAUCCACCUUAUAGUCCAUAAGGCUCCUCCAGGUCCAGGCUGGUUGAGACAACCAUUGGAUAGAUUCCAAAGCUGGUGCCAGGCACCCUGGGGCAGAGCCUGCACCAGCUGUACUUCCUGAUGUUGGAGAGCCCACUUCCAUUCUUCAGAGGAUGGUGGAACAGUCUAAGCUGAGUCUCCUGACCAGGAUCAUCACCUAACUGCUCUGCCAUUGGAGUGCAGGAUGGCGGUGUGAUGCAGCUGGCUACCUCUAAGGCUCAGCUUCCCCAAAUUCACAAACAGGACUUCUGUGGCCACACAGAUCUCAAGGGUGUGGACCAGGCAGCCCCAAUUUCUGGGGUCUUUCACAAACCCUGCUCAAAGGUUUCUUCACUUCUGCAGAAGGUGUGUGUGCUGGGGGCGAGGGGAGACCCACCUAAAAGUCCAACACGUAGAACCGCUCAGAUGAAGGAGGUACCUCUUUGGACAGGGAACCCUGACAGCCUCUUAAUUUUUUUUCUUUUUUGUUUGUUUCAGGCUACAUAAGCUGUUAGCAGUAAAUGAAAAUGAGUAUUUUACUGAGCUGCAGUUGAAAGAAGAAAUAUUGUAGGCGAGAAAACAAUUAUUAGGAGAAGAAAGACAUUCUUUUAUGGCUGAAAAGCUGAACCCAGAAUUCAGGAAAUGGACCCCAAGUCUAGAGAUGUACCGUAUAGAAAAUCUGAAGUGGCUGGGGGGUUACAAAUAAUUAAGCAUGCUAAUUUGAAAAAACCGACCUUAAGAGGUGUAUCCAUGAGUCGCACUACAACUGGUAGUGUCCACCAGUAACCUUGUCACUGCCCCUCCCCCUUCUGCUUCUGUUAUCUCCCCCCUCUUUAGAACAGGGGUACCAAAGUAGCAUUCAUAAUUGGCUCUUGAAAAUUAUAACUCCAUCUUACUAUUAAUGAGAACUACAGCUCCGGUCCCCAGGACUAUCCAGUUCCUUGGACUGUUGCCAGUUUUGCCUGGGAUCCUAAUUCUCAAGAAUUGAGUAGCUGAACUUGUGAGCCACAGUUCAGAUCCAUUCUGAUUGCUCCAUUGAGAGUUUUUGUGUUCAACCCAGUAAGAUUACUGCCCCACCAGUACAUCUGAGCUGCCUGCUUCCUGUGUUCACCCGAAGUGUAAGCUGUUUUCUGUUGAGUGCCAUAGAAGACUUCGCCGUACUGGUUGUGUGGCUCUAUAUAUAGCACUUGGGCUAUAUUGGAGCCCUAAUCGACUUCACUGUAAAAUAAUGCUAAUGAUACCUUCAGUUCUUUCAACCUUGUAAGAUUCUUGUCAAUCUCAAAGGUUGUUUCUGAAAAUAUUUUGCAAAUUGUAAAAAAGA